AUGUCGAAGCGAACACAUAUUCGUCAACGAAAAUAUAGUGAUGACGAAGAUGAUAGUCAACCAGCUAAUGAAGAUAGCAAUGAACAAAAUUCAAAUGAUGGAGCUGAUAGUGGAACAUUAAUGGAAGAUCUUAAAUUAAUUCAAAAGCUUCGUCAACGUAAAAAAGGUCUUUCUGCAGAAGAACUUGCUCUUGGCAAACAAACAAAUCCAUUAAGUAGUUCAAGAAAAAUUGAUCCAAAUGAUCCAUUUAAAUUAAAAUCUGGUGGUCUUCUUGAAGUGAAUACAAUUAAACAACAACAACAGCAACGUGCACGUUCAUCAAAAGAUAUAAGUACAAUCAAUGAUAAUUUUGCUCGAGAAACAAAUACACGUGAUGAAGAUACUGAAAUGCAACGUUAUAUUGAAGAACAACUUGCUAAAAUCCAAAAAUCGUCAUCAUCAUCAACAACAUCAUCAAAUUUGUCAACUAAUGAUGAAUUACAAGCUGUUUUUUCGACAUUAAAAAAGCCUGAAGACACUUUAUUCCAUGUUAGUAAACACUUAAUUACAGAUCAUUCAGCACAAGCAUCGGAAGAAAUGCUUUCAGAACAAAUGUUAAGUGGAAUACCGGAAGUUGAUAUUGGUGUUGAAGAAAAAAUUCGUAAUAUUGAAGAAACAGAUAAAGCUAAACGAAAACUAUUACAAACAUUAUGCGAAAAAAAAGGUGCAGAAAAGAAAAUAUCAACAAUUAUUUCACAAUCAACAGCACCAAUUAGUUUAUUAGCUAGUACAACUGUUGUACCAUCAACACCAACAAAAACAGCUUCAAUUAGUUUUGUACAACAUAAACGAUUUAAUACGGAUGGAAUGGACAUUUUACAUUCCAAACGAUUAAAACAAAAUCAAAUAAAAGAUAUUGUCAAACCACAACCAGUUGUUGGAAAUAAAGAAAAACAUCCAACUUUAUUAAGAGAUCCCAGACCAAGCUCAGUACCAGAAAAGCCUUUAUCUGAAACGGCUACCGAUGAUCUUGUAUUCGAUCAAUUUCGUAAGAAUCUGCAUGGUUCAAGAAAUUGGAAAAUUCGUCAUGCUUAA